CCUAUUCUUUACUUCCCUCUCAGGCACUUUGACAGCAAGCUAGCGAGCUUCACUUUACUCCACUGACCUCCGCUCCCAACAUGGCUGGUGUACGAGCCCUAGGUGUUCUUUCCAGGUUCACAUCAAGGAGAUACGCUCUCUUCACAGGUGGUACUUGUCGCACCUUCUCAGUGGCUCCUGCAAUGCUAGCCCGAACCCAUGUGAACUAUGAAGUCAAGGACGAUGUUGCUGUCAUACGGAUGAACGACCCAAACUCCAAGGUCAACACGCUGUCAAUCCAAAUGCAAAAGGAGAUGGAAGAAGUGAUGGAGGAAGUGUGGGCAAAUGAUGCUGUCAAAAGUGCUGUCCUCAUCUCCUCAAAGCCGGGAUGCUUCAUCGCAGGAGCUGAUAUUAAUAUGAUCCAGGGCUGCAACAGUGUAGAAGAGGUCACCGCACUUUCUCAGGCAGGGCAGAAGAUGUUCGACCGGAUUGAAAAAUCUCCCAAACCCGUUGUUGCCGCCAUCAACGGCUCCUGCUUAGGAGGAGGCUUGGAGUUUGCCAUCGCCUGCCAGUACAGAAUUGCAACAAAGAGCAAGAAAACAGUUCUUGGUACUCCUGAAGUGAUGCUGGGGCUUCUACCGGGAGCUGGCGGUACUCAGAGACUCCCCAAAAUGGUUGGUCUACCCAAUGCCUUUGACAUGAUGCUGACAGGAAGAAAUAUCCGAGCUGAUAAAGCCAAGAAGAUGGGGCUGGUCAACCAACUUAUAGACCCCCUAGGACCUGGACUGAAGAGUCCAGAGGAAAGAACAAUAGACUACCUUGAGGAAGUUGCUAUUGACUAUGCCAGAGGGAUCGCCAAUAAGAAGAUCCCUCUCAGCAAAGCGAAAGGCAAGAUGGAGAAAAUUCAAGACUACGUUAUGAGCUUUGAGUUUGUGCGGAAUCAGAUUUACAAAACUGUCCAGAGUAAAGUUAUGAAGCAGAGCAAGGGACUUUAUCCAGCACCCCUGAAAAUAAUCGAAUGUGCGAAGACUGGAAUAGAACAAGGCCCCGUCGCUGGAUACUUAUCUGAGUCUCAGAACUUUGGUCAUUUGGCGAAAACCUCAGAAUCAGCAGCCCUGAUUGGUCUCUACCAAGGUCAGGUUGUGUGCAAGAAGAACCGCUUUGGAGUUCCUCAAAAAGACGUAAAGACCCUUGCCAUCUUGGGAGCAGGUCUGAUGGGAGCAGGUAUCGCCCAGGUGACUGUGGACAAAGGUGUGCACACGAUCCUGAAGGACACCGCUCUGCCUGGACUGGCCAGGGGAGAACAGCAGGUUUACAAAGGGCUCAAUGACAAGACCAAAAAGAAGAACAUCACGUCAUUUCAGAGAGACUCCAUACUGUCCAACUUGACCGGCCAGCUGGAUUACAGCGGCUUUGAAAAGGCCGACAUGGUUAUUGAAGCUGUGUUUGAAGACAUUAACAUCAAGCAUGCAGUCCUGAAGGAGGUGGAGGCUGUGGUUUCCCCUCACUGCAUAUUUGCCAGCAACACGUCUGCUCUGCCCAUCAAGGAUAUCGCUGCUGCCAGCAAGAGACCAGACAAGGUUAUUGGGAUGCACUACUUCUCUCCAGUGGACAAGAUGCAGCUCCUGGAGAUUAUAACUACCGAUCAGACGUCAAAGGACACUACAGCCUCGGCUGUGGCCGUCGGCCUGAAGCAGGGCAAAGUCAUCAUAGUUGUCGGGGAUGGACCGGGGUUCUAUACGACAAGGUGUCUGGCUCCCAUGUUGUCUGAAGUAGUACGAGUACUUCAGGAAGGAGUUGACCCCAAGAAGUUGGAUGCACUCACCACAGGCUUUGGGUUCCCCAUCGGUGCAGCCGCACUGGCUGAUGAAGUCGGUAUCGACGUCGCCACCCACGUGGCCGAGGACCUCGGCAAAGCUUUCGGCUCCCGCUUUGGUGGUGGAAAUGUGGAGGUUCUGAAGACCAUGGUGGACAUGGGAUUCAAGGGCCGCAAAUCAGGAAAGGGUUGCUACGUCUACACGCCAGGACUCAAGACCAAAGAAGUGAACCCAGAAAUCGGAGAUAUCCUUGAGAAAUUCAAGCUGACACCAAACCCUGCUGUUUCUUCAGACUCUGAUGUGCAGUACAGGCUCAUUUCCCGGUUCGUCAACGAAGCCGUGAUGUGUCUGCAGGAGGGCAUCUUGAACAGCCCUUUGGAGGGAGACAUCGGCGCCGUGUUUGGGCUGGGAUUCCCCCCCUGUCUCGGAGGACCUUUCCGUUUCGUGGACAGCUUUGGCGCUGACAAGCUGGUGGAGAAGAUGAGGCUCUAUGAAUCCGUCUACGGGAAUCACUUCACGCCGUGCCAGCUCCUUCUGGAUCACGCGAAGGAUUCCAGCAAGAAAUUUCACAAGUGACCGACUCGCCGUGUGUGCCAGUAGCUUUCAAUAGACCUCCAAUCUGCCACUAGAAUGUGCCUAACAUUUAUAUCACAAGUGGGGGCAAAGAUACUGAAAAUACACUCAAUGUUGCCAGUUUAUUAGGUACACCUAGCUAAAACUAAUGCAGUGUAAUACAGCAGUCCUAAACCCCAACCAACACCUAACAUUAUAACCUUAAUGAAAAUAAGAUUUAUUACAGGACUGUCAUAUUACUAAUUUAAGCUGGUGCACCUAAUAAAGUGGGUGUAAUGUCAGCAAAAUUGGAUGUUUGUUUUUUUUGUACUUUAACAUUAUUGAUUUACUUGAUGAGGAUGUAUAGAUUGAAGGGCAGAUGGAGGUUAAGUAUUCACACAUUGUAGAUGUAAAGAGACUGUGGAGGCAAUAAAAUUCAAAUAUUUUCCAACCGGCAAAUUAAUUCUUCAUUAUUAAUGAAUGUCUACCCGUAUGGUUCAGUGACUGGCUUUCUUUUUUGUACAUUAAGGAUGUUCUGGCCUGGUUUGAACAAAGUUGUAAAUGUGAAGCCUAAAUAAAAUUGUUAUUGAAUCAAA